GCGUUCAGUGACAGCGAGGUCGAGGAGGCCCCUUGCCCUGCCAUGCAGCUUGAAGAGUUCACCGACGAUGAAGACGGCGGUGCGACUGGCAGUGUUCAGGAGUUGCAGGAGGAGAGGCACUUGGUGGCAGCCCGCAUGCGCGAAGGUAAAGCUUGGAAGCAGGCGGCCCAGAAGAGUACCGAGCUCGCGGACCUGAAGCAGCGCUACGCCGAUGUGGCGCUGUCGAACAACUGCGAG